CGCUUUAUUGACUGACAACACUGGUCAUUUAUCACAAAAAAAGGUGAAUAAAAAUCUUUUGUAGUAGUAAAACCAAAUAAACUUUUAUACAUUUGUUAAAUCCUGACCCUGACAUUAAUUAAUCUAUCUCGAAUGGUUGAUGGCUCUCUCUGUUGUUUUCACCUGCAUGUUGAGAGUCGGAUGGAGUUGUUCUCACUCCGCACUAAGUGAACGGCCAGACAUGAAAUGUUAACGAAAUCUGCGUUUCAUUUUGUUGUUCUUUACCACCUCGGUGUUUGGCAACAUGUGUGUGAUCCGGGAUCGUCGAUAUACGACCUGUCCGGAUCUGGGCGAGGUACGUAUUCUUUUUCGAACUUGAAGUUUAAGCAAACAAAGUGGAGGCGAUGAUGUACACUAAGCAACAUCUUCUGUUACUUUUUACUCUUCUUCCUGUUUUCCUUUUGUCACGUAACAUCCUCUGGCUUUUUCUUUUUGUCGGCGAAAUUGUGUUCCAGGAAAUGUACGCGUCGAUUUUCCUCAUUUUCGUUCGUUUUCCGGGUAUGGCGUAUCGAUCGUCGAAGUUUGGGUUUUUACCAAGAAAAAAAUGGAUAUUAUUUUGUUUCCUUCCGGGUAAAUCAAUUUCACUGUAUUCGAGGAAUAUGGCACGCCUCGGAUCAGACAGUUCGUGACUUUUGUUGACACGUCCAUUUUGCAACGCAGCAAUCGCUAAAUUCUCGGAAAACAGGACGCCAUUUGCAAUGCAUAUACAACUGAAAGUAGUUGUCUUUUUCGACGUCAUUUUUACAUCAUUUCGUAGCUAAACUCUUACAAUAUGUUUUCAUGACAUAUUUUCACGACGUUGACAAUUGAUUACAACGGUAGCAUAAAAUUCUUCUUUCUUUUUGAGUUUAGUAUGCGUGACAGCUGGUCGAUGUCUGACAGUAGGACGAUCAAUUCGCAGAUUUGUUGCUGUUUCUCCCUUGUUCUCAGUGAAUAUGCCAAUUUUUAUACGAGAGCAUUCUCGUAUGUUGUGCGAUGCUCUGGCCCUAUUACUUGUCCCGCAUAUCCGUCAGGUGGUUUUACAGUUGCAGUGAGUCACGUCCGUAAGUAUUCACCAUCCAACUAUCGGUAAUGAGGGCCUUUUAUUAAAUGGGGAAGAUUCAUUUUCAUCUCAUCUGCCUGUAUGAAGCUGUUUAUUACCAUCCUAUGAUAAAAAAAAUAGCGCCUCGGCUUAUUAAAUAAGAAGAGGGAAUUUAUUUUUGUCUAGGUGGUUGUUUCAACAAUGCCCUAACAGGUAUAUAGAAGCUGCUGUUUCUGUUAUCUAAAAAUCACAAUAUUUUAAUGACCCCAUUCCGGAUCGUUUGUUGGUGUGCAUGCCCGACUUUAACAAGCGACAUCUUGUGAAGUGACAACCAUUCGGUGAAAGGCGAGUGAAAACAUCCAACAAUUCAAUUAAACCCAAAGAAAAUUGAAUUGUGCAGUGGGGAUAUGGAGACCUGACCAGCAGGCAUGGUGAACUGUGCCAUGCACUUGUAUCAUUUCUUGCUUCCGUGUUCCAGUUCAUUUCAGGAAGAGAACGCUUUCGUCUGCCACAAGUUUAAAAAACAAUGAGUCCAGGAAACUAAACAAAGAAGAGGAAUCACGUCCACCACAUCUUAACAUGGUGUUUUCAAUCUGUUGACAGUUCGGUCCCGCGUUUGGCCGAUUGGUGGCGAUGAUGUUCUCACGCUGAAUUGCAAUGGCCCCCUAACCAGUUCCAGCAGCAUCUGACUAGUUUAUGUGAUGUUUCCUAUCCCGAUUGGUAAACAUCCGUGGCUCCGCACGGCCUCGUAAACAACAAUAGAUUUUAUUAUCCGUGAAAUCUACUCACACAGCGUUUUGCCAUUCUCUUGAAAUGGACGAAUUUUGGCGUGCACGACGACUCACCAAUUCAACUGCGUCAUGUUCAUAUCCCACUGAUUCGUUUUCAUUUGGAUUAACCGGCAUUUGUUUGAUAAGUUGGGCGAAUGCUGGAAUGGUGUCCUGGACAGUGAUGGAACAGCCAGCAGUUGUCUCACCAAUCGCGAUGGAUCGCAUUGAAACAUUUCAAGAGGAUCGUCUUCAGUCGAACAUGAACAAGCAGACGGACACACUUGCAGUUGAUCCGUGUCCGCUUCUGCGGCCUUUCUGCCACCAGGUCGGAGGACAUACGCAAUUUUUGCAGCUGGAUCAAUCCACCGUUUGCAAGCCUCUCAUUCCGCGCGAAUUGAGUUUCUACCUGAACGCACCUGCCGAUAUCCGCAGCUUCACGCCCAAGUGCAAAGGUGUGAUCCAGACGUGGCACCAAGAAGGUCGUCAAUACUGGAGGCGAUUUGCCAUGGAUGGGAUCAGCGUCACGGCCCAUCGUUCGCAAAUCUCAUCUCAUCGAAACGGCCGUCACGAUGCGCCAUUGAGAAUAUGCCUGGCCGACUACGAAGGCAUUUCUUACCAUCCGGCACACACCUACACCGACGGAUCAUCUCAAUUUUUCUUGAUGUUGGAAAAUGUGGUAUCCUCAUCAAAAUUCCAGCGUCCUUGCGUACUGGACUUGAAGAUGGGCACCAGGCAACACGGUGACGAUGCAUCGGCCGAGAAACGGAACCGGCAAAUGGCCAAAUGCGCGGCAAGCACUUCCGCCUCUCUCGGACUCCGGCUGUGCGGCAUGAAGGUGUACGAGCCAGUGACUGGCAACUUCGUUAGCCGUGACAAAUAUUUUGGCCGGCGGCUCGACGCCGACGGACUGCGUAAGGCGCUGGUCCAGUUUUUCGCUAGCGGCGGAGCCAGACGUUCCGCAAUCAUCGAUGCUAUUCUUGAACGACUCAAACUCCUCCGCAAGGUCAUCGAACAACAGGAGACGUUCCGUUUCUAUUCCAGCUCGCUUUUGAUCGUUUACGAAGGCUGCGAUGAACGUUGUGAAUUUCUUCUUAGCCCCGAUUUCUAUUUCCUCAAUCCACUAACUGUUGGCAGACGAUCUAAUUCCGAUUGCGGAUGGGGAAGGAUCAGUUAUGACACAAGUCCUGUUCGCUACGCCAAUGAAGUAGGCCUAGCUAAGUUUGAAAAAAUUGGCCGUCCCGAGCAACAGCAGAAUGAUUUCGACUCGUUAUCCAUCACGUCGAGUGACCUCGCAGAUAGUUGUGACACUCAAUCAUUGAGCACGAGUCCGCAAUCAGUCGACAGCGGACUGGAUUGCCUCAUGAUGGAUCAGAGCGUCACAGACAGCUGGACGAGUGUUCGACUGGGCAGCCAUUUCAAAAGACAUUCAUCGCCUGCUAGGAUUAUGAAAUACGAAUAUGGGGAUAACUUGACAGAUAGUACGGGCAGUGGAGUUUCAUCUGCCGUCUGUUAUCCUGGUAGCGUAAACGGUAAGGUGAUGAAACGAUCGGUUGCAACUAGUUAUACGGACAGUGAGGAAGAAAACGAUGUGACGUGGCAACAUGAGCUGGAGGAUGUGCAGCAGGUCUCGUUGUCAGGCGAAGAAGAUGGCGAAUUGACGCCCGUGCUGGAAGUCAGCCGGAUGGAAGAGUUCACAGCAAAUGGAAGCCAAACCAAACGGCCAGUGAUGGAUGAAGACAAAGUGAGUCCAGCUAGCAAGGCGGAUAAUUGCUGGGCAGAUUACGUCGAUGUCCGAAUGAUCGAUUUCGCGCACACGACUUUCUCCGGCUACCUAGGACUGGGCGAAAGGGUCCACUGGGGACCCGACAACGGGUACCUCUUCGGUCUUGAAACGUUAACGGACAUUUUGUGUGCACUUCGAGGAAUUUAGCUAAUUUCCCAAUGCCUUUCAUCUGCAAAGAUGAUCUGACUACAUUGCUCUCCGAUUUCCUUGAAGUACAAUGGCAAACUAAUGUUUUUUGGUGAAAUGUAAAUAUAUUUGUAUGCGUCCAAUGAAUAAUGUAAUAGUAAAAUUCUUACUUGCAAUACAAUCCUGUGAAUGCUGAGGCACGGUACCAAAAAAGGGACCCGCCUGUUGUUCACAAACCAAGUC